ACAAAUUCUUUAGUUCAAACUCCACCCACCAUCAGUGUUUCAGGCUGCUCAAAGAGCGGACACAGGAAACUAGAUCUUGCACCGUGACCAUCUUGCCACAGUUUUGGUAUUACAAACUCUUAACUCCUUUACGUGGACAACAGAGGAAAGGAAGGGAUAUAUGAUUUGAGGUUUCAGUUUCCAGCAGGAGAUGGAGCCACUGAGCCAUACAACUGUUGGCAGUGAAAGCUUGGAGGACUGGAGGGUAGUUGGUUCUGGGGGAUUCGGCCAUGUCUACAAGGCCAGGCACAAGGACUGGGGGUUUGAUGUGGCUGUUAAACUACUUCAUGAUGGUGUUGGGUGUCAGUCCAGCACCCUGAUGCCAAACGACAAAGCCCUGUGUGAUGAGAUCAGACACAUGGUUAAGGCUUCGUGUGAGUUCGUGCUGAGGGUUUAUGGAUUUUAUGAGGGAAAUACACCAUUGACAAAACUCUCCAUGCAGAAGGGAAUAGUCAUGGAGUACAUGGGUAAUGGAUCAGUUCAGACUCUGCUGACGGGCCUGCCUGGCCCUCUACCGUGGCCCCUAGCCUUCCGCUUGGCCCAUCAAGUGGCUUUAGGCAUGAACUUCCUCCAUUCAAGGGACAUAAUGCACCAAGACCUGAAACCAAGUAAUGUACUGCUGAAUGACGACCUCAAUGCCAAGCUAGCAGACUUUGGUCUGUCUAGGGUUCCCACCAGUGCUUUGAACAGCAACAGAGAACUGACAGGAGAGGUCGGGGGAACAUACAAGUACAUGCCUCCUGAGGCUUUUGGUAUAUCAUAUGAGCCUAGCCGUGCGUUUGACAGAUACAGCUAUGGUAUCCUUCUCUGGUCCAUUCUUACUGGGAAAGAGCCCUAUACAACGGCUUCGUACGAGCUUGUGGCACUGAGGAUUCCUCAGGGGGACAGACCUCCCUUGGCAGAAAUUAAGCAGAGCAAGGCAGAAGGAUUAAACGAGCUGGUUGACCUCAUGAAGAUGUGCUGGAAUGAGAAUCCCUCCACAAGGCCUCACUUUCUAGAUUGCCUCAAAGUCACUGAGAAGGUUUUCUCAAAACACAAGAAAGGAAUCCCUGAUGCAGUCCAUGAAGUCUUGAAAACACUGGAGUCAGCAAACAGUACCCAACAUCCAAGUGUGUCGCUGAGUUUUCCUCCUCAAAUGCCAGAACAUGCAACGUCUUAUGAUACUGUGGAUCAUGUCAGAUUUACACAGGUGUCAGACAGUGUUUCUACAAAAACAAUGAGUGCUGCAGAUAAAGCAAAGUUUGUCGAUGUCAACAGGAACAAGCUGAUUCAAAACGUCUCUGAAGUAAUGGCAAUAGUAGACCAACUUGGCCUAAGAAUGGUCCACAAUGAAACCUACUCAGUGAUUGAAGCUAAAUUGACAAGCCAGGAAAAAAUGAGGCAGCUUUUUCAAAGGACACUUCGUCCAGGAGGGGUAACCGUCAAAGCCGCCUUCUACGACGCCCUCAAAGAACAUCAUCCCGAUCUAGUGGAGACGCUCAGUGGAUGAGUCUAAAGCAAAGGUGGCCCUCCUGCAUUUUGUGCAAGUGUCAAGGACUUGCCCUGCUUCUACAUUUUAUUAAAACAUGUAAUGUAAUUUCUUUAAUUAAAAAAAAAAAAAAAUUCUGUUUGUUCACCAUCCCCUCCUUUUGUUAGGUCAUAAAGUAA